AUGGCGGCCAAAACGGCCGACGAGCUCUCGAAGCUCGCUUUGAACGGCACUGCCUCCACGAAGACCAACUCACAGACAAAUGGUACCAACGGCGUCAAUGGUCAUUUGUCGGAUCAGGACGACUCGGACGAUGACAAGGACGACGAUGCCGCCGCCACCGCCGGAGGUGCCAAUGGCAAUACAGCCAGCGGCGCCGCCAAGAAGAAGAAGAAGAAGAAGCCAAAGAAGAAGAAGGCCACUGCCAAAGUCCAAUCUGAUCCGCCUCGAGUACCCCUCAAAGAUCUCUUCCCUAACAACACAUACCCAGUCGGGCAGGAAGUUGAAUACAAAGAUCAUAAUGCAUACCGCACCACAAACGAGGAAAAGCGUCAUCUCGAUCGCAUGAACAACGAUUUCCUCCAGGAAUACCGCAAAGGUGCAGAAGUACACCGCCAAGUCCGGAAAUGGGCGAAGGCAAACAUCAAACCAGGAAUGUCCCUGACAGAGAUUGCGGAGGGGAUUGAAAACGGUACUCGCGCUUUGACCGAACACUGGGGACUGGAAGAGGGCGACAACAUCAAAGGUGGCGUAGGGUUUCCGACAGGAUUGAGCAUCAAUCACAUUGCGGCACACUACACUCCCAAUGCAGGAAAUAAAUGGAUUCUGGGGGAGCAGGACGUGAUGAAAGUCGAUUUUGGUGUUCAUGUCAAUGGCAGAAUCGUGGAUUCUGCUUUCACCGUGGCGUUUGAUCCCAAAUACGACAACCUUCUCGCUGCGGUCAAGGAUGCCACGAACACUGGUGUGCGGGAAGCUGGCAUCGAUGUACGUGUUGGUGACAUUGGUGGUGCAAUCCAGGAAGUCAUGGAAUCGUAUGAAGUCGAACUCGAUGGAAAAACGUACCCUGUCAAGUCUAUUCGAAAUCUGAACGGCCAUGACAUUGUCCAACACAGCAUCCACGGCGGCAAGUCCGUUCCCAUUGUCAAGAGCCAUGAUCAAACAAAGAUGGAGGAGGGCGAAAUCUUCGCGAUCGAAACUUUUGGAUCGACCGGGCGGGGAUAUGUGACUGAUGACCUGGAAGUCUCGCACUAUGCCCUCCGCUCUGAUGCGCCAAACGUGCCCUUGCGCGUACAAUCCGCAAGAAACUUGCUGAAUGUCAUCAAGAAGAAUUUUGGGACUAUCCCCUUCUGCCGACGAUACUUGGACAGACUAGGUCAGGAGAAGUAUUUACUCGGCCUCAAUAAUUUAGUCAGCUCGGGCAUUGUGGAAGCAUAUCCACCGCUAGUGGAUACCAAAGGCAGCUAUACCGCUCAAUUCGAGCACACCAUUCUGCUGAGGCCCACGGUUAAAGAGGUUGUUAGCCGAGGCGACGACUACUAG